ACCCGCCAAGAAUUCAACACCAACAUCCACGACUUGUUUUCGGCAUCACCAACGCGAUUACACUCAAUUGACUGCUAUAAAAAAAGCACGUACCGUUAUAUAACCUAAAACUACUCGACCGUCGCACAAGUACACCGACUUUCUCGCCUGCCUCCGGACUUGCGCUACCUACACCAAGCCAUCCCAUCCUGCGACUUUCGCGACACAAUGACAGAGAUGUACGCCUUCCAAGCAGGCUCAAAGCCAAUCUCGUCACUUGUUAGUGACGAGGAAACCACGAAAUUCACACCCAAUGUUCUCCCCUGUCGGAUUCACCACGAUGGCCCGAUCGAGUCGACCAACCGAUUUUGGAUCCCGCAGACGGACGAGAAGGACGAUAAACAGACAUCACACUUCCGCGGACGCAGACUUCGAGGCCGGCGCGUUGCGAUUCCCGAGGGCUACCAAGGUGUCAUCGCUACGCCUACAGACCGUGUACUACCAGCAUCUCAACAACCGACAAAUGAGACAGUGGAGGAUGGCGAGACUGAACAAGAAACGGUCAAAGUUCUCGAGGCGCAGGGCACAUUUGACGAGUUGAUGGUAUGGGGGCAUGAGAUUCUGCCUGCGGCGGAUGAUACAUUCGUCAAAGGUGUGGAGGAAUGGGUGCGAUUUGCGGAGACGAUGCAUGGGACGACUGUGACGGCGAUAGCGGGUAACAAAGCUUAGGGAUGUCCUAUUUUGAUCAAUUUCCCAUACUAGGGAUCAUUCGACAGAAAACUGAAUUAGACCAUUCGGAACGUCAUUAUAAUCAGCGGGUUGACAUUGCUUGCGCUUCCCACCUCACAGACUAUCGAUAUAAUAUGACUGUCUGAGCUAUUGUUCCGAUCUUGGCAUUUUUCCUGAUGACUAAAUGAGGAUAAAUCCAUUCCAAAGUUCACUCCGCACCUAUACUUGUUGGGAAAGACAGUGCCUGCUUAGGUCGUAUCCUUGAAUAGUCGUUGAGGAGAUUUAAAGUAUUAUCAUACAGUCGCCUUGGGUCAGGAAUUUCAUCAACUUUUUUCGGAUCGAUGGCGGGA